GUUGAUAACCUGCUGCACCAGCUACGAAAAUCGUUAACACGAAAAAGAGUCAAUAUUAGAGUUUUGCCCCAUUAAAAUACGUUCCAAGUUUCUUAUCAUUAUUGUUUUUUCUCCAAUCAUUAGAUCAACAAAAAAAAAGUACACUUAUCGUACACAUUGCAUGUACAAUAAACUCGACGAAGGAACGCAUCUAUGACUCGCAGUUUAAUUUUUUCGCUAUUUUACCCGGUUUUUCCUAACUCUCUUUCUCAGUGGGUUGUGAUCGAGGGAUCGGGGGCGGUAGAGAGGGGGAGAUUGGGUUCUCGAUUGAAGAGUGCCGAAUCGAAGGAAAAAGCCUCAUAGUUGAGAAAGCUUUUGUGACAAACUUUACAAAUUCCUUUGUUGCCUCUCUCAAAAUUUUUCGAGUUUCGCAAAAAGUUUAUUUUCGGUAAUAUAACAACGAAAUAUAAAGUUUUGAAAAAUAAAGUGUUAGUGGAGAGGAAAUUCUUCGAUUAUUGUGUACAUUAUUGGACGUCUCUCGUGUUGGUGUGUACAGUGGUGAAUGUGUGAGACAAAAAAAUUUACGAUAAAAAAUACGAGAAAAAAAAUCCUCUCCCCACCCAUUUUUUUAUUUUUGCUUGCUUGGCGUACGAGAGAGUGUAGAAAAAAAAAAUUCGGCAUUCAUUGAAAUGUCGAGAGUCUGGUUUCGGGAGUUGAAAUGUUGCUUUCAUCGACGAGACUACUCGUAUGUGGUAACACAUGUUACUACGAGACUCUCUAAGUUGUCAUUAGCGAGCUCGAGUUAUCGUAAACGCAACGGAGAAGUGAAUUUUUUUUAACGCGGUCUUGCUUGCAAAAAUUAAUCACGUCCAGGAAGACGUUUUAUGAACAAUAAAAAAACUUUACGCAUAUAUAUAUAUGAUUAAUAUACAUAUAUAUAGAUUCAAUAAUAUCGGAGUUGACAGCGUUUAGUUUUAUGCAACAAACCCGAGUCUCACACGUCGUGUAUCGUAUAUUUUUCACCAAUGUGCCAGUCUCUCCCUUUAAACGAACAUAAAAACAUACAUGAAUGUCCAGAGGAGUGCGACAGCCAUGGAUGUUGACUGUCCGAUUGUAAGCUUAAAACGUUCAAGCAGCGCUCCUAUGAUUAACGAAAUAAGCGCCACUAUGUCUGUCACAUCACCGUCAACUUCAGCUCCAAGGGAAGCAGUGUCAACGUUCAAUGUGUUCUCCAACACUCCUCGUACCCGUCGCUUCAGCACAAGCAGUCCUGGCAGUAUACCAAGAUUAACACCUCGUGUUAGUCAAUUAAGGCAAGAAGAAUGUGUGGAUGUAGCCGGCCGAGAAGCUGCACACGAAAAGGAGAUACACAGUGCAAUGCAAAUUUCUCAAUCAUGGGAAGAUCUGACCCUAGAAGCUGAGGGAUUAUCAUUCAAAGAUUCUGAAUCGCCAACUCAACAAUUGACCAAGUCAGAGCGUCAAACGGCUAAAAGGAUAUUUGAUCCACUGAGCUUGAAUUUGCCAGUGGGAGGAGGACCGCCUCUGUGCUCGUCUCCGUCGCCAACGAGAUCAGGAUUAGGCCAAAGGCAAUGUUACUCACCCGGAAUUCAUAUGGUUAACUGGAAAAGCAGUUUAUCGCCAAGUCCAACGAGGAAAGCAUUUGCCACAAGACGCAGCCUGAGUCCCAUUGCGAUUCGUCCAAGUUGUUUAGGCCCGGUAAAACGGAAAUUCGAGUUGGAUGACAACAGCUGCGAUCUUCAACCUCCAGCAAAGCGAACAUCCAAUUUAGUCAUUUCAAAUUCUCCGCGAUUGGACUCGAUAUCGAGUCCUUUGCCGGGGACUAUCAGUUCGGCAGGAACACCAGAGUCUCUGUCGAGCGUUGAUUCACCGAGUUUUUCGUUCAGGCCGGUGGACAGUCCAUCACCGGGCCGUGUAUUAACAAACGGCGACGAGCCCAUGUUAGAAACGUGUGAAGGGACCAAAACAUCGACGGAACGUGGCCAAACCGAGCAAGUUGGGCAAGGCGAUAACAGGUGAACGAGCGAAAACACACACACAAUUACACAUACGCCACGUGCAGCCAAAGGUCGUCGUUUCGCUGCGCAAACGAAAAGUAAAGAAGGGAAAUGAGAAGCGUGAAAACUGUUACCAACAAUCACUUACGACGUCGCUUAAAUGUCGUUUCGUCUCGAUAAUUUUACAUGCUGAUACAAAAAAAUCAUUAUUUAAACAAAAACAAUUAUUUUUGUCUGAAAAACGAAACUCUACAAUAAUCGCUAACACCUCUUAAGGAUCUUUGUACACGCAAUUAGCGAUUAAUUCCAUUCGGACUUUCGUUACUUGGAAAUUGGGUUUAAAAUCACAAACAAGUCAACUUUUUUGAGAUCUUUCCGACAAGAAUUUUUAACAGUAAUUAUUUUGUAUAAAUAAUGAAGUACAUAAUUUUGCGUUAUUAAAAUUCAAUUUCUCAAUAUUUUAAAAUAUUUAUAGAGCUUUCCGAAUUUGUCCUAAUCGAAAUAUUUUUCUCGGAACUCGAACUGCAUGAAAAAUUUCAUUAGUGUUGAUCAUUUUUUCAUAGAGAUUCUCUCAAAAUUUUUACGUUAUUGAUCACGCAAUCGCAUAAUAAAUACAAUCUCGUGAAAGAUACAAAAGUAUAAACUUCAUAAGACGUUAGACCAUUUAGUAAAAUCAAAACAAUUAUUUUCAGAAGUAAACGAAGCUCUCAUUAUUUAUCGAACCACAUCGUGUUUCAAAAACUAGAGAAUAAUUCUACGUCGUUACUAUUAUUGAAGAUCAAUUUUCGUGACAUUCUGAAGAUUUAUAAUCUUGUAAGAGUUUAGGUAUUGGAAGCUCGCAUUGAGAUUUUAAUCCGAAAGAAUUUUAGUCUGUCAAUUGUUGUACCAAAGAUCCUCAAGGGCACUGAAUACAAAGCGGUAUAUAUUAUUUAGUCUCACAUAUUGGAGAGACGAUUGAUGGAGAAAAAACUGUCGACACGUAUUCUUUUCGUUGUUUUUUUUCUCAAUCGACGUCUCGUUCCCGUUUCGUUCUCGAAUGCUCGCGCGUCUCAAUAAUGUAAUAAUUUUUUAGAAAAAAAUUCACGUGGUACGUGCGUUAAAUAAUUUUACUAGGUAUUCAGUAUAUGUGUAUAUUUACUCUACGUUAGAUCGGCCUCAAAUAUAUUUUUUCUUUUUUUUCGAAUGCUUAUUUGAGGCUCGUACUUACAGCUAGUCUUUUUCGUUCGAUCGAAUUACGGAUUUGGGAUGAAUGACAUUUUGGCGAGAGUCGUGUCCAUGUGUCUCGAAUUGCCAAUGAUUGUAUACGCUGAUAAAUUAUUAGUUGCUUGAUUUACGAAAGGUAAAACACAAUGUUGUCAGCAGACAUAAACAAAUAAACUGUCACAAUCCUCGUUCCGUAACAUCCGGAGUUCGCCCCUAAAUGUGUACAUAUGAUUGUGUGGGUUCGUUCCUUCGUAUGAAAGAAAAGCUGAGAAUUAUUGUGGAAAUUUCUCAACAGUAGUUCCGAUUGAAGAUCAUUUUGUAUGUCAUCGAAAUCCAAAUGAUUUACGAUCGAGAACAACGUUGAAAACUGAAAACAAUAAUGUCUACGGUAGGUUGGAUCGAAUCGCGAAAUAAGUAGCACCGUUUGGGUUCAAUUAUAAUGCAUCGAGAGCUAGAAAGAAGAUUGGAUACGGCAUCAUUCAUAAGUACACAUUCAGGUUGAUAUUCCAAAUUCUCCAAUCGAAUCGCCGUAUAAAUAAGAAUAUCGUCCCACCGAAUGAGGUCUGUGUUUCACAAAGCGUGUGCCUCAAUAAGACAGUCUGGCAAAUAAUUAUUAUCACCAUUUCCGCGAAAUGAGAAUACAGGGAAUGAGGAAAAUGAAUAAUAAAAAGCGCGACUUCAAGCACCGGUGUUGUAACGUUCGAUUGGAGAGCGUUUCACACCAAAGUACAAUUAGAAUUAUUCUAGAACUUACACAUCUUAUUGAAUUCUUCACUAUUAUGCUAUUGAUGACAUUUUGUUUUAUUGUUUCAAAUACUGCGAUAUUAUUGCCCCUAGAAAGGUAUAUAUGUAUAUACACGUUUGUUUUUAUUUUCAUUUACCAUCAAACUUGAUUCUUCAAUUGAUUUUUCGCUAAUACCAUGAGUAUCGAUGUGUCGAGAAUUAUUCGAGGGAUGCAACGAAAAACGCUUCUCAAAUCUAUCGUUCCUUUCGACCCUCAAUCCUUCUCUUCGAACCGCGCAACUUUGCGAUCCAGCAGUAGCAUAAAUACGAAUCUUCGAUGUCCUCUCGACCGCCACCGCUCUCUUCAACUUUACUUGACUUUGAGAAAUUCAGAUAAUUUUCAUCCGCUUUUUCUAUCGUACGAAUAUUGCAUGCAAGAAUCCAUUUUUGUUUUAAAUUUUUCCAUUGGUAAUGCUGAAUUAAUGAAAAAAAAUUAAAUUAAUUCAAGUCAUUUAUGAAGAAUGAAAAACAGCGUUUCGGAUAAGAAACCCGGAUCAGGCACAGACAUCUUAGAUUAAUACAUUAUGCUUCCUACUCCCAAGACUGAAAUUGAUGUUUCGUACAGAAACACCCCCACAAUCCCUAGAAUAAAUGUAUCUCUUCCACAAAAAUAAAUCAUAUGAAAAAUGAAGCAAAAAAGUGGACAAGAGCGACGAAUUUCACGCUGCACUUUGUGCAGGAGUUUGUCCAACACUACAGGAUCUGUGUUCUGUGGAACUCGAGCUUUCCACUUUAUUCAUAAUCAACCAUUAUUCGAUAGUCUUAGUACAAAGAGAUACCAGACCCUCUUCCUCCCUAAGGGUUUAUUCAUUAACGAGUGCAUUGCAGUUUAAACAAUUGAUGAAACAAACUCUAAAACUGUAUGUUUAUCAAGAGUUAAACGGAGAUUCAAUCCUGAUAAAAUCCUGAUCUUGAAAAAUAAAUCCAAUGUAAUAUAAUGAAAAAUAAAUUUAUAAAUUAAA